AUAGGUACUGGAAGGUAUCACUACUUUCUGAUGCUCACAUGUGGACUUGCCAAUGCCUCUGAUGCCGUGGAGAUCCUGGCCAUAUCCUUUGUACUACCAUCAAUAAAAUCUGACUUACAGUUAUCGGAUUCGGCCAGUGGGGUCCUUACUGCUGUAAUUUUUAUGGGGAUGAUGCUGGGCGGAUGGUUGUGGGGCACAUGGGCCGACUUCAGAGGUCGGCGGAGGUGA